AUGUCUUCUUGGGUUAAAUCGCCUCCACCUCGUUUCGCUGGCCAUCAUCCUCAUUAUUCUCAACAUCAUCAUACAACUUCGAGUGGUCAAACAUCUAAUUCACUUAAUUCAUCUAUUGUACCUGUUCAACCUGGUGAAAUCGGUUUUGAUGGAAAAAUGUUACGUAAAGCAAUGGCUCGUAAAACAGUCGAUUAUAAUCCAUCAAUUAUACGUCAUCUUGAAAAUUCGAUUUGGCAACGAAAUUUAACUGAUGGACGUUCAUUACAACCUGAUGUUCUUUAUAUUCCACAUCUUGUUCCACCUCAUGCUCUUCUAUCAAAUCCAGUAAAUUGUGUAAUGACAAAAUUUAUUCGACCAGCAACAAAUAAAGUUCGAUGUCCAAUUUUUUGUGUUUGUUGGACACCCGAUGGUCGUCGUUUGAUAACAGGUGCAUCUAGUGGAGAAUUUACAUUGUGGAAUGGAUUAACAUUUAAUUUUGAAACUAUCUUACAAGCACAUGAUUCAGCUGUACGUGCAAUGAUUUGGUCGAAUAAUGAACAAUGGAUGUUAACUGGUGAUCAUAAUGGUUUUGUUAAAUAUUGGCAAUCAAAUAUGAAUAAUGUUAAAGUAUAUCAAGCACAUAAUGAUCCAGUUAGAGGGUUAACGUAA